ACAAUAUAUUUGCAUCCACCACAAACCCCUGCAUAAAAAGGUAGGCACUUAUGUUCGAACCAAGAUGGCGGCCAUGUUGGGAACCUCGAGAUGUGUUACUCGAAAUUUGGGGCGAGUUACAAGUCAACGAAUCAAGGUGCAGGUUUCGACUCGAGGAAAGCAAACAUCACCUGGCACAGUAGCAGCACUGAACAUCUUUAGAGCACCCUCAGCCUGUCAAUCAAAAUGGGCCAGUCAUCAUACUAUCCAGACCUUUAUAAGAAAAGGCUGGUCUGUCAGGGGUAUCUGGACAACAGUUACAGCAUUCGAUGACUUCAAGAUAGUAAAAACUCCGCCGUUUGCAGAGUCGGUUACAGAGGGAGAUGUGAGGUGGGAGAAAGCGGUUGGUGACUAUGUGAAUGAAGAUGAGGUGGUGGGAGAAAUUGAAACAGACAAGACUUCCAUUCCUGUGCCAUCGCCAGUAUCAGGAGUCAUUGAGGAGUUCUUCGCGGCUGACGGAGACACGGUUACUGCUGGUCAGGAACUCCUCAAGGUCAAGGUCACAGCUGGAGGAGCUCCAACAGAAAAGCCAGCUGCAGCAGCUGACAAACCAGCACCAGCAGCUGUACCCUCCCCACCACAACCAGCUGCUCCUGCACCUGCAGCACCUGCUGCACCUGCAGCCGGCCCCAUCCCCACCACACCUCCACCGCUACCUCCGCUGCCUCAGCAGCCCAUCACAGCCAAACCAGUGGCUGACAUGAAGCCUGUUGCCGCCGCUGCCCCGGCCAUGGGGGUCACUGCAGGUGCACGCACAGAAAACAGGGUGAAAAUGAACAGGAUGCGACAGCGAAUUGCCCAGCGUCUGAAGGAUGCACAGAACGAGUGUGCCAUGUUGACAACGUUCCAGGAAUGUGACAUGAGUGAUUGAAGACAAGGAGAUUGUGUACAGAGACUACAUUGACAUCAGUGUUGCCGUGGCAACGCCUAAGGGUCUGGUUGUACCUGUCAUCAGGGAUGUGGGAAACAUGAACUACGCUGACAUUGAGAAAACCAUCAAUGAUCUGGGAGAGAAGGCACGCAAGGGCGAGCUCGCCAUCGAGGACAUGGAUGGAGGCACCUUUACCAUCAGUAAUGGAGGGGUGUUCGGGUCCAUGUUUGGCACCCCCAUCAUCAACCAACCACAAUCAGCUAUUCUAGGCAUGCAUGCAAUUCUGGAGCGCCCCAUGGCUAUAAAUGGCAAGGUUGAGAUCCGCCCCAUGAUGUACCUUGCGCUGACGUACGACCACCGACUGAUUGACGGGCGGGAGGCGGUCACCUUCCUCAGGAAGAUCAAGUCAGCUGUGGAGGACCCCAGAGUGCUUGUGCUCGACCUCUGACCCCUCGCAGCCCUCCCCAGCAGCAAUGCUUACCACUCAAACAAACUUGACUGAAUGUUAACUGUGAUGAAUCUUUCUUAGAAAUUGUUUUGCCAUGUCAAUAGAUAUGCCCUAACUGAGGAAUCUACCACCAAUUCAUUACUCACACACAGAAGUAGGCUGUUGUUUUUACCUAGAAUAGGAAUAUGUUAUAAUUGCUAAAUGUAGGUUUGGACAGAGCUAUUGAUUAGCCUUUCUCAGUUCUAUCAUCAGACUCAAAACACUCACUCCAGGACCUCCAGUAGUUCAGUUACAACUUUUUCACCUGUCACUGCUGAUAAUUAAGCAGUUUUCUCUUUCUAUGUAUCAAUACUUAAUUAAAGCUUUGCCCAUUUCAGUUAUCUAAGUUGAACCUGCAAAUUAAAUCGAAUGAACUUCACUUUAUAUGUUUCCUCUUAUGAGAUGAUGUUGACUGUGAAAGCUCUGCUGGACAUCUACUGUGAUACCAAAGGUUUGCCAAGCCAAGGAUUUUAGAAUGAAUGGGGCCAUUCAGAUUGUGCCCAAUACUUGGCCUGGCAUGGGAGGACUUCCAUUGGGCCGAUGCCAGCAUGAUUGCCCAAUGUGUAAAGACAAAGUGACACUUCAUUGAUUGACCUUUUUAAGUUGUCAGCCCUGGUUGUUGGGUUGUAACCUGACUGCCCUCGGCUCAGUCUUGCAUGUAACUGUAGCUCUUACCAGAGUGAUGUAUUCAUGGUAGUAGUGAAUAAAUAAAUGAAGUAUUUAUUGAUGUUUUCAGAGGCAGCUUUUGUUUUUCUAUGUACAUUGUACUCUGAUGGUACUUGCUGUCCAAAUACUUAAUUAGCAUGCAUGGGCUAGUUAUGCAGGAAGAUAACAUCAAUAAAAAAAUGUUGUCA